AUGGUCGGACGGUACAACAGUGCCCAGAGUCCCCAGUCCGCUGGUACUGGAUACCUCAACAUGAACGACACAGCGACGACCCAGCUGCCGCGCAUUCUCUGUCUCCAUGGCGGGGGCACAAACGCAGUUAUCUUCCGUAUGCAGUGCCGUGUGCUCGAGAAGCGUCUCGGGUGUUCUUUCCGUUUCGUCUAUGCACAGGCUCCAUUCACUAGCGUGGAACCCGGGCCAGAUGUAACAUCCGUCUACAAGGACUGUGGGCCGUUCAGGGUCUGGCUUCGUGAUCACCGUAUGCCUGGAGUCUGGACGUCCCGAGAUGUUGCUGCAGGAAUUGACGCCGCUCUUGCGCUGGCCAUGGCUGCCGACGACGCUAAGGGGGCCACAGGAGACUGGGUUGGGAUAUUGGGAUUCAGCCAGGGCGCAAAGGUAGCAGCUAGCAUCCUUUACCGUCAGCAGAGGUGCGGGAUGACCAGCUUCCGGUUCGCUAUCCUCUUCGCCGGUAGUGGGCCACUGGUGUGGCUCAUGCCUGAUCUCCCCCAACCGCGCGGCUUGGUCGACGCUGCCACACCGUUCACACACCCCGCUCCAGCCUGGCUCACCCUGGGCUCCGAUGAGCACAUAUUACGACUACCCACAAUCCACGUCCACGGGCUGAAAGACCCCGGCCUGGAUCGACACCGAGACCUGCUUCGGGAGUACUGUGACCCACUACAGGCCACGCUCUUAGAGUGGGAGGGCGACCAUCGCAUGCCUAUCAAGAGCCGAGACGUCGAGACGAUUGUCCAACAGAUCCACAAAGCUGCACAGGAGACAGCGACUCAAUCCCUGAUGACCAGCUUGGAUGGAGUGAUGUUUAGAGAAGACGCAUAUAAGAUACCAGUCGAGAAAGGGUUCUCGAUGCAAAGGAUUAGCGUAUACACAGAGCAUAGUUAUGGGAUUGCGUAA